GCAAUAAGAUGAAGUUUCUGUUACUGUGCGUGAUACUUACCGUCAUUAAAUCUGAUGAAAUACUAGAAUUUCAAAAUAGUAACGUAGAGUUCGCUGCUGAUUUGUACAAGGAAAUAUCUGCUAAACAAGCGGAUAACUUUUUGGUAUGCCCGUUAUCGGCACAAAUUAUUUUAUCACUUGCAACUGUUGGGUCCAGAGACAGUUCCGCUGAGCAAUUAAGUAGUUGCUUGCAUUUACCGAAUGAUCCCAUGAAAAUUCAAGGUAUUUUUGGAAAGGUGAACGACAAAUUCAACGUUUCACAGCCGUACCAAUUCAGCAGCGCAAACAAGAUUUACCUCGGUGACAAAAGCGCUAUCAAGAAUGACUACAGGGAUAUCGCUAUUAAUACUUUUAAAGCCGGUAUAGAAAACGUCAAUUUUGAUGAUCGUGAACAGGCCACCAAAAUAAUUAAUCAGUGGGUUGAAAAUAAAACAAACAACAAAAUCAAAGAUAUCAUAGAGAAAAUUAGCUUAAGCCCAAGCACAUAUGCGAUCUUAGUAAACGCUUUGUACUUUCAUGGAAAUUGGAUUCACGAAUUUGAUGGCAAUGGCGACUAUAAGCACGAAUUCUACGUCAGUGAAACCGAAAUCGUAUCAACCAACUUUAUGUUUCAAAGAAAUAAUUUUAAUUAUUGCUAUAAUGAAAAACUCCGUGCUGAAUUUUUAGAGUUACCGUUCGUUGGAGACGAUGUAACUAUGACUAUUGCUUUGCCAAAGAGCAAUCAUGGAUUAAAUGAACUAGAAAAUCAUAUUUCCGAUGUUAUCUUACCCCAAUCUUUCCAAAAACUAGACGCAUUUAUUUCAAUACCAAAGUUCACAAUGGCAUCGACAAUAGAUCUCAAAAAGAUUUUAAAAGUUUUAGGUGUGACGGAUCCUUUUAAUACAAAGGCAAACUUUAAAGGAAUCACUGAAGCUCCCAUCUACAUUGAUGAAGUUGUUCAAAAGACAUUCAUAGAAAUUAAUGAAAAAGGAACAACGGCUGCAGCUGCCACCAAAAUAAGUUUUGGCUCUAUUAGCAUGCCUCUUGUGACGUUCACUGCGGACCAUCCAUUCAUAUACUAUUUGAGACACCGCACUACCGGAAUUGUCUUUAUUGGAAGAUUUUCUAGACCAUAGUUAGCGACUAUGCUAUGCUUUUUGAUCUGAAUUUUUUUCAAUAUGGGUUAAUUUUUUUACUACUACUAGAAUCAUAUGAUUAUUAUACACCUUGAUGAGUUUUUUAUUAUAAGCCACGUGGCCAA